GGUUCACUGUGAAUAUACAGUAAGUCCAGACAAUAUGAUGUAACGACGGUUUAAGAAUUGACAUAAAGAAAGAAGGUGACUAUGGAGAUUAGUGGUUUACCACUGGAACUCUGGCGUUUGAUCCUUGCCUACCUACCUCUUCCUGACCUUGGACGCUGUAGCAUGGUAUGCAGAGCAUGGUAUGAACUCAUCCUGAGCCUGGAUAAUACGCGCUGGAGAGAACUCUGUUUAGGCUGCAUUGAGUGCAAGCACCCUAACUGGCCCAAUGAGCCAGAUGUUGAACCCCGCUCAUGGAGAGAAGCUUUUAAGCAGCACUAUGUAGCAUCCAGAACCUGGACUAAAAAUGCCCAGGACCUUGAAUCGUCAAAUUGUUUGCACUUGUUUAGAAAAAAGAAAGACAGAAAAACAAUCUAUGUAGGACCUGGGGGUGAUCAUGAUAACCUGAGGAGUGCCUUAGGUGUAGCCAACAUAUAUGAUAAAAUAGUGCUUUACCCAGGGGUGUAUGAGGAGCAGAGUGAGGUCAUCCUGAAGGUACCUGUGGAGAUCGUGGGACAGGGUAACCUUGGAGAUGUUGCCCUACUAGCUGGCUUUGAUCAGCACUGCCUCACAGCACGUCUAUGCAAUUUGGUCUUCAUGCCAGCUUGGUUUACUCCUGUUGUAUACAAGAUAUCAUCAGGCCAUGUCCAGUUUGACAACUGCAACUUUGAAAACGGACAGCUGCAAGUUAGUGUGCCAGGAACAUGUCAGCUUAAGUUCUGCACCUUCAACCAGUCCAGUAUUAGCUUCCACAGUGUUGCUUUCAGCAUCAUUGAAAACUGUGAGUUCAAUGGAAGUGAAAAUGCCUCUGUGACUGUGGAAGGCUACCCCACCUCUGAAAAAAACUGGGCUUGUAAGUACAUGGCAAUUUUAGCCAAAUCCCGAUUGCUUCUAAAUGGGAAUGACCAAGCACUUUCAGAAACCGUCUGCACAGUGACCCAAAAUGAUGUGUCAGUACAGAAUGCAAGGAACUGUGAGAUAGUAAUAAAUGGAGUUCCAGGUGAAUCUCAGUCUGUUCCCUUGUCCCAUGACCAUUGUGACAAGGAAAACCAAACAAAUGGGAAUCUAUGCACAACAAAAGAGAGUGAGGCCAUGACACUUCGAACAGACUGUAGCGACAGUGAACUUAGCAGCUUCAGUGACACUGAUGAAGACAGUGAUGAACAGUCAGUGUACAAACUUUCUUAUCGGUCUCAUGGUCUUAGCCAUAUGUUAGCAAGGACAGAAGAGUUUAGGCCACAGAGGAAUGGACUGUCUGUUCUUUCAAGUGACCUGGAACUAAAAACUUUACAACAAGAACUGCAGAGAGAUAAAGAGGCCCAGUCCCUAGCAAAUUUCUUACAUGGAUGUCUCAUCCGGAAGUGCCUUUUCAGAGAUGGGAAGGGAGGUGUAUUCAUCUGUACUCAGGGACAAGCCAGGUUAGAAGGAAAUAUUUUCAGAGGUCUGACUUAUGCAGUCCGCUGUAUACAGAAUUCCAAGAUUGUAAUGCUGAAGAAUGAAAUCAGCCAUUGUAAAGCAUCAGGAAUAUUCUUUCGCCUUACUGCCGGGGGCCUUAUCGCUGAUAAUAACAUUCACUCAAAUGCUGAGGCUGGAGUAGAUAUCCGGAAAGGAGCUAAUCCUCUCAUACUGUGUAAUAAGAUACAUAGUGGUCUUCGUUCUGGUAUUGUUGUCCUUGGCAACGGAAAGGGCAUCAUUCGAAGCAACCAAAUCUACGGAAAUAAAGAAGCUGGCAUUUAUAUUUUAUACAAUGGGAACCCUGUGGUGAGUGGGAACCAUAUCUUUCAAGGACAUGCAGCAGGUGUGGCAGUUAAUGAGAAUGGAAGAGGCCAGAUUUUAGAAAAUGUCAUCCGUGAGAAUCAGUGGGGUGGUACAGAUAUCAGGCGUGGAGGAGACCCUAUUCUCAGAAGAAACCUUAUCUGCUAUGGUUACUCUGAUGGAGUAGUUGUUGGAGAAAAGGGAAAAGGUCUGAUAGACGGAAACACCAUUUAUGGUAACAAGGGCUGUGGGGUGUGGAUUAUGUCCUCCAGUCUGCCACACAUAACCAGCAACCAAAUUGGCCAUAACAGCAUCUAUGGAAUCGCUGUCUUCUGCAGAAAAGAUGAUGCAAAUGACUACCUUGCUAAUCAGGCAGGGAAUGAGAACUACAAUGAUGAAGGAGAGGCUGCAAACUGGGAGAAUGAUUUGGAGAGUGAGGAUGACAGGUUCACAUCAGAGAGGCCGAUCAGUGUAGCACUGAUUGAAUCGAACAGCAUUAGUCACAAUGGCGCUGCUGGCUUAUAUGUCAAAAGCAGUGAGGCCUUGAAUAUCGCAACAAAUGCAGUGCAUGCCAACCAUGACAGCGGCAUUGCAGUGUUCCAGAGUACACAGCUGACUCGAAUAGCAAACAACAGCAUCACUUGUAACAGUGCAGCUGGUGUACUGAUUGAAACAGGGUGUAAAGUCGAACUUCGUGGAAAUGGAAUCUAUGACAACAAUAGUCACGGCAUAAUAUCCAAGGGAGAUGGUAUUAUUCUGGAGAAUGAUAUCUUGGGAAAUCAUGGCUCUGGUAUUCAGCUUUUAGAAUCUGCAGAUGUAAAGGUACUGAGAAACAGAAUCCAAUCUGUUCACAACUUUGCAGUUGCCAUCCUGGAUCAAGCUAAGGGUUUGGUGCAGGACAACACAAUUUUUCAAGGCAAAUCAGAAAAAAAUAUUUUGCAGCAACUGGUAAAUACAGAAGAUUGUACCAUUCAAAAUAAUGAAUUCCUGGCAUAUAAGAAAAAGUCUGAUGUAGCUGAGAGACUUGAAAACCCUCCUGCCAGGCCACACAUUGAAGGCUCCAACAGAGACAAUUCUACAGAUGAAACAAGUCAGAAGGUAGCAACUGUGACGACCAGAAUAUCUACACGAGUCGAAGGAGGUUGCCACAAUGGUGGGAGUAUCUUCUGUUCCAUUCUGUGAUUGGAGAAACUGAACCCAGCAACCCCUUUCAUUUCAGGGGAUACAACUGGAUGCAUUCCGACAUUUGUGUCUCUAGGACUAGUGUUUGCUGGCAUGUACAGCUUCAGAUGAUGGACUUCAGCCUUCAUUGGAUUUACUGUAAUGUGGCUAGCUCAGUAUUAAAUUUAAAUCAGACAUUUAACCAAACCCUCCCUUAAAACAGAAAAGAUAAGAACAAUAAGUAUAAAUGAACUAUAGUUUUAAGUCUUCUGUAAAAUGGGUUGGUAACAUGUAAAUGGAGCCUGUUUCUGAGAAAGGACUGUAGUACAUACAGCACAUGACAGAUCAUAUUUGAGUAUUUUGUUAACUCUAACAAACUAAAAUACUAAAAGUGAAUAUAUAUAAAGAAGAUCCAACUUCUGCUAAAAACAUAGCUGGAAGGACAGUACAGCAGAACCCUUAAAGAGAAAAGUCAGAGGCAUUUCCAAUCUUAUCCAAGACUUUAAAAAUAAUGUAAAAGUAAAUGUGAUGGUUGCUGCUGUGCUCUAGAGGGAUAAAGCUCUGACUACACCUGAACCAGGUUUGAUUAGCGGUUCAGGUGACUGAUGGAGCAGCAAGGAAGGGAUGAGUGUGCUGGGUGAGAAGACACUCUCUGAUACUGUUCCUAAGGGGAGGCGUGGUACAAAGAGGGGAGUUGCCCUCGGAUACACUCAAUGAGCAUUGGAGGUGGGAAAAGGGAAAUAUGAAAGGUGUAAACAACCCCCCCCCCCAGUGGAAGCACAGAUGAGAUGAGCCCCCAGGGCGCCCUUAGGGUCCAUUACCAGCCCCAGCAAUACUGGAGUGAAUCCUGAGAGGUAGGUGUAUGGUUCAUAGACCCAGCGUGGAUGUGGGGUACUGGAAGCCAGGCUGGUAUUAAUGAGGUCUUUGGGGACCAAAAUAUUAAAAGAAAUACAAAAGUAAAAGCACUUCAUUCUUGUCACUCAUUGGAUUAAUUAUGCAUUAAACAUAUGUAAGUAAAUUGUGAAUUGCUAUAGUAGGUUAAAGCAGCAAUAGUCUGGCAGCACAGAAUUCUGUACUAGGAUUCUAAUCCUCAUCUUCAUCUCCUGCCAAAUCAAACUUGCCCCCAGAUCUGAGGUUUGAAUGAGCAGGUUUCAGAGAAGAUAGCAAAAGUAAGCAUUGUUUCCAUGGGAUGUGAUAGAAAUAAGCUGUGUUAGGGUAUUCGUGUACUUAGUGUUUAGGCAUAAAUAAUUUCAAACAAAAGAAAAUAAAGGUCUAGUUUUAUAAUUUGUUACUGCUAAUGACCACCAUAAAUACUUUUUGACUACAGGUUCCCCUAAUUUUUAUGUAGAGCUAAUUAUUACCAAUAAUGUAUUC